CCAUUUUCUCAGUCAGAUCACUUUGGCAGACAGGUGCGUCCAAAGCCUAUUGUAAAGGCGCCCUCUGUAAUCUCUAAACACUGGUUAAACUUUCAGUGGUUUCCAUAGAGAUAUUACCACGGCUCAUUCAGCCCUCCAGGGAGAUUAUUACAAAGGCUUUCGACAAACAGAAAACCUGUUAUGACCCAGAACAGCUGCCUCCAGGUACACUAUGUCAUCAGCUUUCCUUACGAGCUGUCUUCAAACUUUUAAACUGAGGGACGUAUAGAGGGGAAGACAUUGCUUUAAACUUCUAGUCCAUGAACAAAGGCAAUCCUGAGAGCCCAUGUAUCACACCCGGAAGUGAGAAGUAUUUUAACUGCGUUACAAAGUAACAAUCUUCCUCAUCUCACCUCCAGACUGAGCUUCUGACAAAAAUACAUGCUAAUUUGAACUUGUACCCAGAUCGCUCAGUCAUCAGGAGACCUGAUACAUAGUGGUUACAAUGUAUUCAAGAACAACAUCUGCACUUUUUGCUAUUAUUAUCUGCACUUCUGCAGUUUGGAAUGUUAAAGCUACAACAACUGGAGUGACUCCGACUGAGGGCUAUUCUAAUGCUACAGCUUCAGUAACCACAGCAAAUGUGCCUUCUGACACACCAGCAGAAACUACCCUUUCUCCUGUCUUGUAUUCAAGUCCUAAUUCAACAUUCAGUCAUGACAACACGACAGCUGUGGACUCCACUGAGAUGUCAUUUCUAACUACACCUACACCUAUGACGAACAGUACCGAGGCUGGAUCCAUCACCACAGCCCCCUCAACUUUAUCGUCAUCUCUGGCUGUAUCAGUGACUGGAGAUGUGAGCAGCACAGUUAAUAAAAGCAAUAACACAACAACUGUCUCUCCAUUCCAAGAAAUAUCAACUCAAGGCAAUACACCAGUGACUCUGACAUUCCCAGUGGAGGAAAACUCAACAUUAGUGUCAGGUGUAAAAAGUAGUGGUAUGAAAUACUCGGAGACAGUCUUGACAUCCAUCUUUAGCACCAUCUUAGUUGUGGUAUUGUUGACUAUUCUCGCCUUCUGUUUCAACAAAUACAGGAAAGGAAGAUCUCAGUACUCUCACCACCCUCUACGUGAAAAUGUGUAUGAAUCAGAGGGAUAUUCUCCACCUGAUGAUACUCUUGUGAUCUCUGGAGGACUAUAUGAUGCACCCCGGAUUUAUAAUCCCAAUAUGACAGUUUUAGAGGAAGAUGAAUCCCAGCAUGACUAUGUCUCAUUCAGCGGCAGACCAGGCCAAUUUAGACUGGAGUUUUUACCCGGAGAUAAGGACAUGGAUCCAGCAUAUACCGGUUCCUUAAGAAGAAAUGUUUGAUUUGAGAUGCACUUCAACUGAUGGGAACCAAAAGUUCUUAUUUCUUAGGUUCUAUGAAUUGCCUUAAUGAGUUGUUUGUUUUAUAAACACUGGCUUAUGACCAUUAACUAGCAGUUAACCAGUUCAUGUCUUAAGUAUACCUGCAAUGUAUGUAUGUUUGCCUAGUAUCAGGUUCUCUUUCAAGUGCCUUUUUUUAAUCAACUAUGAUAUAUUUUUUCUCAUUGUCAAAACAGUUAUAAUGGGGUUUUCCAGUAGUUCAAUACUGGCCUAUCCUCAUAAUAUUUGAUAACUGGUGGUCCGACACCUGGCAUCCAUGUGGAUUAGAUACUUGAAGAGGCUGCAGUGCACUGGUGUGCACUGCAGCCUCCUCACAGCUUACAAAGAACAGCGGUGUACAUUGUAUAGUGACUGUGCUUGCUAUUGUAUCUCAAGUUCAUUCACUUGAAUGGGAUUGAUCUGCAAAUAGGCAAGUGACCAAUGAACAAGAUCUCAAUGGCACUCACUGCAGCUGCAGUUCUUCAAACAGCUGAUUAGUGGGGGUGCCAGGUGUCGGACCCCCAC